AGCAGCCUAGUCCCGAUUCAUGAGACAGUUAUCUUUAAAACGAUUUUUUAGUGUUUUAUUGAAACAUUUUAUAUAAUAUACGGCAGCGUAAUAAAAUAAAUAAUUUGACUUGAUGUGCAUAAUAAGAAAUCUGUAUUUUGAUUAAGUUUUGCAACAAUGGCUGCUAACAAAAAAAAUUAAAAAAAAUUUCUAUCUCAACCCAAGAAGACCUCCAAAAAUGGAAAAGGGUCAGAUGGGAGACGAGCAAGCAGACCGAAAGGAAAAUCGACGGUGUUUGUCAAUAAUUCAGAAAGCGUUAUGAAAAAAAAGAAGAAUAAAAGGCUGAAUUAUACAUGUGGGGAUCUGGCUAAUGCCCUAAAGACUGUCAAUUCAGGAGUCUCGUUGCGGAAGGCUGCAAGUGCAUAUGGUGUUCCUGCUGCUACUCUUGGCAGAAAGAAAAACAAUCCUGAUGGUAUUAAAACAAAAACAGGACCACAAACUGUCUUAUCAAAAAGUGAAGAAGACGAAAUCGUCAACUGGAUGUUAUACAGGGGUGAACGAGGAAUGCCAGUUUCAAAAACAGAAUUGUUGGACUCUGUGCAGAGAUAUGUCACAAUUUCGAAAAAGCAUACUCCGUUCAUUGACAAUCGUCCAAGUCGUCACUGGUAUGGAGGCUUUCGAAGGCGUCAUCAAUCUUUAACCAUCAGAAAACCUCAACAUUUAAGUUUGACUCGAGCAAGUGUAACCAGAGAAGAUUUGCAACAAUGGUUCAAUGAGCAAGACCAAUAUUUGAAAACAAAAAAAUUAUUAGAUAUUUCUUCUAGUAGAAUUUUCAACUGUAAUGAGACAAAUAUUGUCUUAUGUCCAGAGUCAGAAAAAGUAAUUGCAGGAAAGGGAUCCCGUUCAGUAUACAAAAUAGUUGAUGCUGGGAAAGAAAGUUUUACAGUUUUAUUCAUGUAUGGUGCGAAUGGAGCUCGUGCACCGCCUAUGCUCAUGUAUCCUUACAAAGGAGAUGUACCGAAGAAAAUUGUUGAAAAUAUUCCCAAAGGUUGGGGUAUUGGUGUCUCCGAAAAUGGUUGAAUGACCACUGAAACCUUCUACGAAUAUAUAACGAAUGUGUUUUAUCCAUGGCUUUUGAAGGAAGAAAUUGAAUUUCCAGUUAUCAUCUAUUUGCAUAAUCAUUCUUCGCAUAUAAAUAUUCCUCUGGUGAAAUUUUGUCGAGAGAAAGAAAUAGAGUUAAUUGGUCCUUUCCCAAACUCAACUCAUAUUAUGCAGCCACUCGACAUAUCAUUCUUCCAUCCCUUCAAGGUAGCUUGGAGAAAAGCAGUACCUAAAUGGAAAGCACAACAAAAUGUUAUGCGCUUGAAGAGAGAAGACUUCGGGGUAGUUCUAAAAUUUACUCUGGAUAAUCUGAAUGAUAAAGAUAUAAUUAUCAAUGGUUCUAAAGCUUCGGGAUUAUGCCAUUUUGUCCCUUCUGCGGUAGAUUAUGAUGUUUGGAACAAAAGUAAAAAAAGGAGUGAGUCUUCAGAUCAGCAAAACAAACACAAUCAAGUAUCUGACGACAGAAAAAAGUUUUUAAAAUUCUUUGAAGACGAUCUAUCCGAGGAACUACUUGUUGAAUUCAAAAAUGCUUCGUCAAGAGGAUUAUGGACCGGUGACAUUGAGAAGAAAGUUUUAUUUGAAUACUGGCUAAAACUUAGUCAAUCGACCAUCGGUAGAAUUAUUAAUUCACUUUUUACGUAGAAUUGGACCGCAUAUACAAAUAUUACGAUUUACUGUAUUUAAUCAUUUUUAGCCUAGAUCGGGUGGCUUAAUUUUUUUUGAAAAAAUGGCGUGUGUAAUUUUUCUAUUUACAAAUUUAGGUGAUACUCCAAAAGUAAAACCUCAAAUCACGACGGUUGAAACACUCCAUAAUCAUAAAAUUUUACUAGCUCCACAAGAAGCUGACGCAGGAAAUAUCAACAAUAAUGAACAACCAUCUUCCAAUGGAACUACUGCGAAUUACUCUGUUUCUGACAUUACUUUCAUACAAUCCAUCAAUAGAGUUGAACCCGAAGUUUCCACAAAUUUGAUUAGCCAGUCAGCUGAUAGUACUGAAAAUACUGUCAUUCCAUUAGACUUGAAAAAUGUGACUGCAAUAUCUGAACAGAAUGCAGGUAUCAUCCAUAAGCCGUCCAAUUUUGUGGAACAUGAUCAUACAGAGGUCGAGGACAAACUUGAAACUGAUCAGGAAAAGUUAGUCGAUAGUUCAAAAAUCAAUUCAACAACGAGCGUCGAAAUAAAUAACAAUCAGUCUCUCAUUGGACAGACUUUACUCGGAGACUCUUCACAUGAAAAAGAAAACAAGAUUUGUGAUUCCAAUGAAGUUGAUCAUUUCAGUGAAGCAUUCACACUACCAGUUGAAUAUUUACCGAAGAAAAAAAAAACCAAAAUUGAAGCUUCAGGCAAACCAAAAUUGCCAUCGGCUGGAACUUCUGAUGAAUGGUUCAAUUAUCAUGUGGAAAAAGAAAAACGUCAAAAAAUUAAAGAAGAAAAAAUAAAGAAAUAAAAAAAUUACAACAUCAAAAGAAAGAAAAAGCAGAAGAAAAGAGGCUAUUGCAAGAGAAAAUCAAAGAAAUUCAAAAAAGAAUCAAACAAGAAGCACAGUAAAAUACAGUUUAUAAGUUGAUAUUACCAUGACGAAAAAUAUUUUAAAAUUUGUCUCGGUCUUUAACUGUCGUUUUUUUA